CCGCCGGCGGCACGGACCCGCCGCUCACCGGGGACAGGGCAGGGCGGGGCGAGGCGAGGGCGGUGGCGCCGGUGGGCAAAGUCCUACCGGUACGGGCACCGGGGCGGAGAAGCCGGGCCCAGCGGCUGCGGAUCGGGGCGCCGGGAGAAGAAGAAGCCCGAGGCUCGGACCCUCCCGGAGGCCAGAGGAGGGGUCGGGACGGCGGCCGGGGCCCGGGGGCGGCGCCGUCGCUCACCGGCAGCGGCGGCUCCCAGCGGGUCUCGGCUCCGCGUGGUGCUGAACGGACAGCGCCCAGCGCUGCGCAUGCGCGGGGCCGCCCGCUAGGGGCAGGGGCGUGCGCGGGGGCCGCCAGUCGGGGCGGUGCGGGGUUCCGGGAGCGGUGUGCGCCUGGGAAUCGCGUAGCCGCCGGGCCGGAGCAGCGGGCGUGCGCUGGGGAGCGGGAUGGAUGGGGAUCUGGGAGACGCCCGGCUGUAGCCGUGGGGUGGCGUAGGCUGUAGGCUGGCUCCCGCACAGCCUGGCUGCCUGGCGGCCGACGAUGAGUUUGACCCCUUCGAGGGGAUGCCUCCUGGACCUGCCCUGGGAGGACAUCUUGGUCCCGCACGUCCUCUGCCAUCUGCCGCUGCAGCAGCUUCUGGGCCUGCAGAGGGUCAGCAAGGCGUUCCAGGCGCUUGUCCAGCUGUACCUGGCCAACAUGCGAUGCUUUGACUCCAGCCAGAUCGGCUUGGCUGUCCCUAGAGCUGCUUUCCUCAACCUGCUGAAGGACAACAAAGUGCUGCAGCAGCUGGAGCUCCAGAACUGCUCUGACUGGCUGACAGACAGGGAGCUGCUCCCAGUCAUCACACGGAACCACCACCUGCACCACAUUCAGCUGAAGGGCUGUGCCCAGCUCAGCUGCCACGCGCUGAUGGUCAUCUCGCUGAACUGCCCCAACCUGCGGCGGCUCUCCCUGGCUCACUGUGAGUGGGUGGACAGCCUGUCCCUGCGCAGCCUGGCCGACCGCUGCAAGGCGCUGGAGGCUGUGGACCUGACGGCCUGUCGGCAGCUGAAGGAUGAGGCCAUCUGCUACCUGGUGCAGAAGUGCAGCAGGCUCAAGUCUCUCUCUCUAGCUGUGAAUGCCAACGUGGGCGACGUGGCAGUAGAGGAGACUGCCAAGUGCUGUCCUGAGCUGGAGCACCUGGACCUCACAGGGUGUCUGCGAGUCAAGAAUGACUCUAUCAGGGUUCUGGCUGAGUACUGUCCCAAGCUGCGCUCCCUGAAGGUGAAGCACUGCCACAAUGUGGCUGAGUCCAGCCUGAGCGUUCUCCGAAACCGUGGAGUGGAGCUGGAUGUGGAGCCUCUGCCACAGACGGCUCUUGUUCUCCUGCAGGACAUGGCUGGCUUUGCCCCUUUCAUUAACCUCCAGAUCUAGAACUGCUGCUGCUAUCGGGAGGGGGGACCAACACGUCACUGGGAUCCCUGGUGGACGCCGGAACUGGCUGCUGCUGAGACGUACGGAGGGAGAAAUCGAUCCUGUUGGUGAGGCUGGCCCAAAAGGGGCUCACUCUUCUCUCUGGGGCUGUUUAACAGCCACUGCACAUUUGUGAGUGAGCUCUGUGCGUGCCUCCUGGAGAAGUAACUCCCUCCAAAGCAGUGUGGAGAGAGUGAGGGACUUGCAGGAACACCAUAGUGCUGAACAGACCAGCUAAUACACAGGAUUUAUUAUUUGUUGUAUUUUAAAUCUCAAAGUUGCAGUUGUCCAGUGAGCAGGAGAAUGUUUGAUGUGGACUGUCAUCUUCUGGGGAAUGUGUGCAGGGCAUGCCAGCUGAGCUGUUGAGAACAAUCUACACCAGCUGGAGUAGUAAGGAGAAAAGCUGGCAGCCCUCAUCCUGGGAGGUGAGGUCUGGGAGAGCUCUGGAGGAAGGCAGUGUGAGCCCAUCUCCAGCCUGCAGCCUCAGUAUGGCAGUGUUAGCACAAGACAGGAACUGUUUUCUAGGGGAAUGUGCUUCUAACUGCAAUUUCAGUAGAGGAAAAGCACCAAACCUCAUUGUGCUAUUGCUGAGAGCAGUUGGUUCUUGCUAUUUAUUUCUUCCAGAUUCUGAUUUACAUCUCUGUAGUACCGAGGCCUGCUCCUACAUCCUGCUCUGUGUUACAUAGCUGUAGCCUUGUCAUACAAUACUGAUGAGAAAUAGCAAUUGCCAAAUGACCUGGCCAUACUGUCAGCUGGAGUUCAUGGUGUGCUGCAGCUUGUGUUGGCAGGGGGAGCCCAGCUCUUGUUUAGAGUCUAGCCUCAUCCUCUGCAUCCAGCAAGUGGUCAACCAAAGAGUAGCUACUGGUAGUAAGCAUGAUGAAGAUAGUGAUUAGGAGAUGACUCUGCUCCUGUCUUUCUCUCCAAGAGGGAUCAGAGGCAGGGUCUGUAAAGCAUGUGCGUGCUUCAGUUGAAAUACACACCAACUCACAUCAUCUUUAUUAACACUUGCACUUACAGCAACAGUGCACAGAGAUUUCUAAAAAGCUUGCUGCAAAACCACAAGCUACAUUUUUAGAUCUAAUGUCCCAUGCAAGGAAUAGCAGAGAAUGCCCAGGCUCCCAACAACCAUUGUGGCAUGCCCUGGGGCAGGACAGCUACACAAGGAGAGGAGGCAUGACCUUAUCAGCUGGGUUAGUUCAGGAAGCUGAAAGCAGUGUCCUGGCUCCUAGGUUAGUUCCAGUUAGUGUUGGGUGGGGGAGUCCCUUUAUCCCUAGUGCCACACGUCCAUCCUCCACACAUGGCCGGUGAGGUGGAAGCUGAAGAGCAGGAGGACAUGGCUGUCAGUGGAACUUGUACUUCCUGGCUGGUUUGAGGCUGAUGUAAGUUUUCUUCAUCUCCUCACUCUCUGGCUUCUUUAUGUCUUUGUACCUCUCUCCCUUUGUACUCACCACCUGGUUAUCGAUGUAGCGGAUCAGCUUCUUGGGAGCCUGGAGAGGAAAGACAUAAACAUCACGUGGACAGCCAUGGCUGGGGAAAGAGGGGGGCAAGUGUAAAGUUGUGCUUGGGGAAUAAAGGAAAAGCAAGACUAGAUUGGGAUGAGUUACCUGUCCUUUGUGUUGGGAGUCUUGGCUAAAAAUGAGAACAAAGUGGUCUGAUGAGGGGGGCAGAGGGGAAAAGCUGGAGGGAGCAGAAACCGUGCUAGUCAGGAGUGCCAGGUAAUCACAGACCCUGCAGCAGCACCUCUUAGCUGACAAGUUUUUCUUUGAGACUACCUGCUGCAAAUUCCCUUGUGUGUUAUGCUUCUCUUUAGAUGUGCAGCCUGCUUUUUAAACCUUGUAGCCAAAGGCAUUCAAACUCCUGGUGAGCUGGAACUGUGCUAUUCUCACCUCUUUCGGUGGAGCUGGUCGAUGUGUUUUCUGAUCUUCUGCACUAUCCACCAUCAUAUAUCUGAAACACAAGAUGCACUAAGUGAACACUGCAACAUGCAUUGCCUAGGGGUAUUCACAGUCUUUAUCUUUAAUUCUCUGGCUGGUUUGUGGCUGUGCGAUGUGUCCUACUUGCCUAGAUUGCAGCUAGGAGCACUUAAGAUUCCUUCUGAAUGAAAUGGGUAAGAAGAGUAUCACCCUUCCAGUGAGAAUUCAGGAGGAUUCUCCUUUUCAGUUGGUGUGAUGGCAGCCAAAGGAAAAGAUCACAGGGCUAAACUGGUUGCUUCUGCCCUGAAGAGAUGGUAUGCCUUUCCCACUCCAUGUUCUACUUGACAAGGAGUCAAGUUUGAGCUGGAAGCAACUUAAUAAAAGCUCCCUAUUUAAAAGGAACAUCAGGGCCCAAGCAUUUGCUUGCUGUACUGCUGAAUUAGUAUUGAGACUUGAGAGCUGGUCUGUAGGUGGACAGCAUUGCUGACCACGACUUCUCCCUCAGUAGUUAGCAUAGUUGUUCCUGUGUAUCUUCAGCUAUGGUGAUCUGCUCUCUGUACCUGUGCUUGAGUGAUGUUUGAAGUACAGGAUGUUGCCAAAAUGUCAUUAAAGUUCCUAGGAACUUAACUAUUA